UAUAGUAGCCCCGAGAGCUGCAAGUAGGAAACGGACUAAAAUUAGUGCAACGUCCAACGUACGCGUAUCGUAUACAUAGAAAAUAGCUGCAAAGAGAGAAACUGGAUAUGUAUAUAUUUACGGAGUAUAAAAUUUGACCGUCGCGCGCUCGUACAGAUAUGUAUAUCCACCGGUUUGGCAUUUUACGCAGACAUAACACGCAGGACCGCAACCUUUGACCUCCGGGUACAUAUAUAUAUAUAAUACAUACGGACGCUAUCCACGGUGCAGUGGGGUUGCUGCCGACGCUCGCCGUCAUAUACAUAUAUAUAUUUUAUACUCUUAUACCCUCUCUCUUUCACCCGGCUUUAGAGAGAGAGAGAGAGAGAGUACCUUUGCGCGCGCCUGUGCAAAUUUUACGCGCACCCGCGGGGCGGCUUUCGUUGAUGCUGUCUGUUCUCCGUCUAUAUAUGCGCGAGUGCUCCGCAUCCAUACAGUGCACAGCCACCACUGUACGUGGGGGGUAUAUACAUACAUACAUGUAUAUAUAGGCCCCACACCGAGAGAUUGUGUGCGCGCCAAAUAUCGAUCGCCGCUUCCAUAGGCGCCGUGUAGAGCUACUCUACUACUACUACUACUACUACUGCCCAAGCUAUACCAACGAAGACACACGUCGUGCACUGCUGCUGCUGCAUAUAAGCAGCGCACGGCGACUGCAUCAGUCGCUUGCAAAACACCACCGCGCACGCAUAGCGCCGCGCAAAUUUUUCAUGAGAGCUUUUAGCACGCGACGCGACUCCUUCAACGUCUCAUUUAUUCUACGUGGACGGUAGAAAAAUAAAGAGAGAAAAUAGGAGAGAGUGACAGGUGGAUGCCUACGUUUUGGUGUUUUUUUUUUCCUUUGCUGCUGCUGCACGCACGAGACCCGCCGCGGACCAAAGUGCAAUUGCCGAGGUUGUCGGAUACGACGAUGUCGACGUCGGCCUAGCUGUCUCUCGACGCAAGAAAUACGACUUCGAGGCUUUAAUACGAUACUCAUCGCUUACGCAGGGAUGAUAUACGUGCGAACGAGCUGGUGCUGUUGCGCUCGCACUCGUGGAACGGAUGAAAGAGGGAAUUAGAGAAGCGCAUUCGGGGGGCCACGAAGCAGCACAGCCAUGCGAAUAGCGUCAUGCUACUUCCGACGCUCGCUCAUCAUUGCGAUCGGCCUCGUUAUCGUCACGCUCGUCGCGCUGCACGUGCUGCGCAGCGAGGACCCGUUCACCAGCACGGACGACUCGAAUCUGGAAAAGCUUAUGCGCCUGUCGCAGCUGAUCAAGAGUUCGAACAACGAGCAGCGCUACGUACGCGAUGGCUCGCCGGCGUGCAAACUGCCGAGGCUGGACAUCUCGAGCCCGGAGAUCAUGCAGUUCAUUCACGAGGUGCCGGCGCUGCAGUGCUCACCCGAGGACUGGGUCAAGUCGGACGGGCCGAGACUGUACAUCGACGAGAAGGCCAAGAGUCGCUACGGAGAGAUCACUUGCGCUAUCAAUGAAAUCCUUCGAAUCGACGACAACAACAUCGAGCUGAGCCCGACCCAGGAGACGACGACGGACUACGUGCUGCGCGCGAGCGACUACGCCGAGGUCAAGUGCGAGACGGAGACCGGCAAGCAGUGGAUGAGCGUGCUGGCCUCGGUGCACGACGAGUCCGACGACGACUCCAUCGCCAGCGACAUCUCCUGGUCGAAGCUGCCCAAACGCGCCCUGCCCCUCAACGUGCUCGUGUUCGGCUUCGACUCGCUGUCGCGCCAGACGUUCGCGCGCAAACUGCCGCGCUCGCUGCGCUACCUGCGUCGGGGCCUCGGCGGCCUCGUGCUCGAGGGCUACAACAUCGUGGGGGACGGCACGCCCCAGGCUCUCAUACCUCUGCUCACGGGCAAGAUCGAGCUGGAGCUGCCCGAGACGCGCAAGCGCAUGGGCGAGCGGGCCAACUACGUCGACGUCUAUCCGAUGAUCUGGCGGGAUUAUCGGGCGGCGGGCUAUCGCACCGGCUUCAUGGAGGACGUGGCGCACAUCGGCACCUUCACCUAUCGGCUCAAGGGCUUCGAUCGGCAGCCCACCGAUCACUACAUGCGCACCUACUAUCUGGCCGCCUCGCGCUACUUCAGCUACUUCAAGAGCUUCUGCGUGGGCGGCAUACCUCGGCACUCCGUGAUGCUGAAUCACAUCAGGGCCGUCUUCGACAGGUACAAGCACCAGCCGAAGUUCGUGUUCGGCUUUCACGGCGAGCUGUCGCACGACUCGUACAACGACAUCGGCGCGGCCGACGACGAUCUGCUCGCCUGGUUGAAGGGACUGAAGGAGGCGGGCCAUCUCAACGACACCCUGCUGAUACUGAUGAGCGAUCACGGGCAUCGAUUCGCGGAGAUCAGGAACACGCUGCAGGGCAAGCAGGAGGAGAGAUUGCCCUUCUUCUCGUUCACCUUUCCGGCCUGGUUCAAGCAGGCGCAUCCUCAGGCUUACGCCAAUUUCGUGUGGAACACGCAGAGGUUGACGACGCCCUUCGACGUGCACGCGACUCUGAGCCAUCUGCUGGACUUUCGCGGGGUCAAGGACGGCGAUCUCAACGAUCGGGGCAUCAGUCUGUUCGACAAGAUACCGAUCGAGAGGACCUGCGCGGACGCCUUCAUCGAGCCGCACUGGUGCGCCUGUCUCGCCUGGGAGGAGAUCUCGGUGGAGCGCGACGCGGUCAAGGAGGCGUCCCGAUAUCUGGUGGAUUUUUUGAACUCGUACACGGACGAGCAUCGGGACAUAUGCGCCAAGUUGCGUCUGGCCGAGGUGCUGUGGGCCGCGAGACUCAUACCGACCAAGGGCAUACUGAACUUCAAAAAGUCACAGGACAAGGACGGCUUCGUGGCGGAGCUGAGCGCCAAGACGCCGGUGACGAGCGAGCUGUACCAGGUGAAGGUGAGAACGUCGCCGGGCAACGGGCUGUUCGAGGCCAGCAUCGCUCAUCGAGUGGAGAACAAUAUUUUCUCGACCAAGAUUACCGAUAUAAGCCGAAUCAAUAAAUACGGAUCUCAAGCGAGGUGCGUGGAGAACAGCCUGUUUCACUUGCGAAAGUACUGCUACUGCAACGACUGAGACGAACGACAAAAAAUACAAUGCUAGUUUGUUUUUUCUUCGUAUUCAUUGUUAUACUUUUGAAGCAAUAAUUCACCACGAAGCGUGAAUCAAAUUUUACUGUACAUAUUUUAAACGCGACAAGAGCUUUUGAAUCUCAAGUUAAGUGUAACUCUCCGUGAGUUAGCUAGUAUUUUAAUGAAACGAAAAAAUUUGAUUCAAUUUUUAUCGGUCGCAUCGAUGUACUUUGAGUGCAUUACCUAUGUGUGCGCCACCGAGUGUGUAUAUAAAAUUUUAUUCGAUUUUCACGAUACAUAUCCUUGAAGUAUUUGUUCAAAACAAAAAUUAUUACUUCGUAAAAACUGUGUAAACUCACUGUGUUCACGCGUCGAUGUGCAAUCUAUAUGUUGCACGUAAAAACAGUAUUAAUGAAACAAUGUCAUUCGGAUAUUACAAUAAGAUUUAAGAGUCUCGUAUUCAAAAAUUGUACAUUUUAAUACGUAAAAGUAGAAUGGAACGCCUAUCUAGUACUGCUUAUGGCACGUGAAACAUAAGUAAAAAUUUAUGUCACUGUCGUAAGUUUAGUAAAAGUAAAUAUUUUUCAUUGUAAAUUUUUACCAAAAUGUCUCAGCAGCAGUAUCAAUGCUGCUACUGUUGGUUUUUAAUUUUGUUGACGUUAGAGAAUGUAAAAAACCAUGUGGUAUUAAUUGAUGAAUUCUUGAAGCACAAAUACAAUGUGAUUUUUCAUAAAGUACUAAUGCACCAAGAUAUGAAAUAGUAUAAUUUUACUCAGAUUAUAAACUGAAUAGGAAAAGUAAAUUUUGUAAAAAUGAAUGUUUAUUUCGUCUACCCAGCACAAUAAGAUGUCUUAUGAAUCUCAGAGUCAAAAACAUGUACGAGUCCUAUCUCAUCAAUUUAGAUAAGAAAAUAUCUUUCGGCGCUAGACCGACGAUUUAUGAACUAGUUCAAUUCGCAUAGAGUUUAUUUUUGCGAUUUUACUUUGAAACCUUCUUGUACAGGUUGAAUCGCAUCAGUGGUUAAAGAGACCAAAACUCAAAGUAUAGAUUUGUUUACUUACUCUGAUGAGACUUCAAUUUAAAAAAAGUGCUUCUGAGAAUUAUUUUAAACAAUGUGCAACCUGAAUUUCUACGUGAGAAUCAAUAAUAAGAUCUCGAUGUGGAUUUGAAUUUUUCAGGGCUUCAAAUUUUUUUAAUAAAAAUUUCUCAAAAGGUAA